AUGUAUUCAAGAUGGCGGCCACCGGAGGAAGCCACCUAUCGAAUGGUCGAGUUAAUGUGGGCUUGCUGCGCGAAUGCGCGAGAAGGGAACUUCUUCAGUGCUUGAAUAAACAGCCUGGAUCUAAGGCUCUGGUUUGGGACGACAAGCUUACUGGGCCGUUUGGUUUGAUUGCUGAAUACAAGCUAUUAAAGGAACAUGAAGUUGAAGUCAUGUUCCCUCUUCGUCCUGGGCGCUUACCUCCAUCACAAGUGCAUAACGUUAUAUUUAUCACAAGACCUAAACCCUCAUUGAUGGACAUUAUUGCUAAUAAUGUCCUAAGUGAGGAAGGCAAGACUGAAAGCAAGAAAAAAGAGUUCACCAUCCUUUUUGUUCCAAGAAAGACUUUGUUAUGUCAAAGGAAACUUGAGGAAUGGAAGGUAUCUUUUAUCAACAUCGAUGAAUAUCCUCUAGAGCUUAUACCAUUGGACAGUGAUGUCUUGUCACUUGAGAUGGAGUCCAGCUUCAAGGAGUGUUACUUGGAAAAUGACUCCACAUCAUUAUUUUAUGUUGCCAACUCCUUGAUGACACUUCAAACAUUGUAUGGCACAAUCCCUAAGAUUUAUGCAAAGGGAGAUAUGUCAAAGCUAGUCUUAGACAUGAUGAUGCGCAAGAAACGAGAGGCAGCUGAUGCAGAAAACCAAGUCUCACCCCAAAUCGACACACUUCUGUUAAUCGAUCGUAACAUUGACUUACUCACUCCAUUAUUUACUCAACUUACCUAUGAAGGACUGAUAGAUGAACUAUAUGGAAUACACCACACCACAGCAAAGUUUCCACCUGAGAGAUUCCCUCAAACUGAAGAGAAAGGACCCGGAGGACUUCAACAACAACAACCCACUGGACCUAAGAAAGUUGUUUUAAACUCCAGUGAUGAGUUGUUCUAUGAUAUACGAGAUCUAAAUUUCUCUGCUGUGGGAAUUCACUUGAGCAGGAAAGCCAAGCAGAUUAGUGCUGCAUUUGAGGAGCACAAAAGUGCCAAAACAGUGGGUGAAAUGAAACAGUAUGUUCAGAGGAUUCCAUUUAUGCAAAGAGCAAAAGCUUCUCUUGCAACUCAUACGACCAUAGCAGAGAUGGUCAAGGAACAAACUGAUUCUGAAGAGUUCAGAGAACGUAUUCAAGUUGAACAAGAACUGGCUCAAGGCUUGGACACGGAUAAAAUCAACCCUUACAUAGAGAAAUGCUUUGGAUUGAAGAAACCGCUGAUUACCGUGCUUCGUUUGUUGUGCGCUCAGUGUUUAACAAAUAACGGUUUUAAACCGAAGAUGUUGGAGUUCUACUAUCGGGAAAUCCUACAGACAUAUGGCUUUGAGCAUACAUACAGGACGCUUUCUACAUUGGAAACUGCUGGCUUGCUAAGAGCGCAGACGCAGCCGUCUCGAUCUUACAAUCAAUUGCGCAAGUCAAUGAAGCUUGUCGUGGAAGAUGUCCAAGAGCAGAACCCAAACGACAUCGCAUACGUCUUUUCAGGAUACGCGCCGCUCACUGUCCGGCUGGCGCAGUUUCUGGCGCGGCCGCAGGGCUGGAGAGGACUUGAAGAGGUCCUUCGGUUGCUCCCAGGCCCCGCAGUGGAAGAAGUCCAACGGCUGCCUCCUGGUCUCCAGAAAAGGCCAUCGACAGGCGUAGACAGUUCCAUGGAUGGUCCACCAAAAGUAACAUUGGUUUUCUUCAUUGGAGGUUGUACACACGCUGAGAUUUCUGCCCUGAGAUUUCUUACUCAGCAGGAAAAUAGCUCAACAGAGUAUUUAGUAGCAACAACCAAGAUUAUCAACGGCACGUCGCUAAUCGAAUCCAUCAUGGAGGAAGGCGCCCCUGUUGAGGCAAACCCAUUUUCAUAAUUUUUAGAAUGCUCUUGAUGAGAACUUGUUCACGAACAUCUGUGAAUUUAUCCUUCUCCGCUUGUGUUUGUGAGAGAGUAAGUGAUCACGCGUGUUUUGGCUGUUUCACGAUGUGCAAUCUCGGUUUAGUCUUCGCGUAAUUUUGGUGGUGUCUUCGCUUUUGAAUCGAGAUUUACGCUCUUGAUUAUCUUUUUUACAGAGACACUUUUCUCGUCAGCAUAAGAAAAAUCUAUUGUAUAAUUACAAAUAUUCAACAAAUGUAAAAUAUAUACAAAUUGAGAAUCUUUUUUGGAGCAUAUCCAGAACGUGAAAUAGGAUUAUUUUCAAAGAAAUAAACUCAGAAGUUUUUAAACUAGACGUGUUAUCAGUCCGAGUGAGUUCCUGAAAGAGGGCUGCUGUUUCAGCCGCAAUUUAUUCCUGUUUCCAUAACUAGAAAUGUCUCACUACACAAGGUGAUGAACUGACGGAAAAACUUUUGUCUGUGGUGUGAGAUUCAAUCCGCCGUUUAUUUACUAGAGUAUUUGUUUUGCUCUUGUGAUGCUCCAAUAUUGUUCAGCCAUUUUUUCCCUUCCCUCUUCCUUCUUUCUCUUGAUUUUGCUCCUUAGUCCUCAGUAUUUCCACAUGUCCAUAACAUAUCUUACGCGAACAGGGGAAGAUUUUGAAAAUGUUCACUUUCUCAACUAGAAUCACGUAUGAUAUAAUUUGUUUUGUCAAUGUGAUAUUUAAAACCUGCGGGUUAUUCUCUAUUUUUAUCCGGUUUUGAGCCAAAAAUACUAUCCAAAGGAAGUGAAGGAUUGUGGUCUUUCGUUAAGCAGAAAUUUUAAUAUUCAUACUUUGUAGUUCAGUGUUCUUCAUUAAAAUUUAAUUAUUCGACCAUCACGUGCAUCUUCACAUGAGGAAGAAAAUGGCGACCGAAGCUAAAUUUAAACGAUAUGUUGUGACAAGGAAAUAAAGAAAUGUCCACACUUUUGCGUCCAAACUUGUCGUUGGUACCAACAUGGUUUGUGGUCUUCAGCUUGGAAAGUGAAUAUGCCUUGGUGGGACGUAAGAUGGAAUGAAUGGUUAUAUCAAAUGGUUGGAUCAAAUGAAAACAUCAAAUGAAAGCGCGUUAAACUCCUGUUGGAAUUUUCUCCUGGAAAGAUACGACCACAGCAGAGAUGAUCAAGGAACAAACUGAUUAUGAAGAGAUCAGAGAACGUAUUCAAGUGGAACAA